AUGCACUAUCACGAUGAGGCGAAAGAAUCCAAUAACAUUGAGGUUUUGAUCACAUUGAUGGAUGGAAGUGUGGACCAUGAAGUGGCUAGGCGCGUCCUGCGGAAAUUCGAUGGCGAUGUAGAGAAAGCAGCUUCCGCCAUGAUCGAGGGCGACAGGGGAGAAGACACACAGUCAUCGUUAUGGACAUCGCACUCGCAGAUGGAGAUAAACCAACCCAGACCGUUGCCUCCUCCCGCUGUCCGCCCGAACUCACCGAUCAAUAUCGACCUAACGGGUGACGAUGACCAAAAUGACGAGUUAUCGCGCGCUUUGAAAGCGUCACUUGAGACAGUCUCCCAAGAGGGUCCGAUGUUUGGACCGAGCGAACGGCCUCCUGAUGCUAACUGGGCGAUGGUGCCUUCGAAUGUAGGUCAGUCCCAGGAUAAUGUUGCUGCGGACGACCUGGAUCGCGCUAUACAAGCUAGCUUUGAGCAAGCUGAUACUGGCGAUGAAUACCAGCCUUUACCCCUUGAUCAGCAAUGGCGGAAGGAAGGCUGGCCUGUCACUUUACGUCCCACAAAACAUACGAUGGUCUAUGCAGCUCUGGUUCUGCACGCGCUUUUCUAUGUUCCACAGAUUCGUGAACGCGUUGCAAAUUGGCGGCCAGCUCUGCCCGAAGGUGCAACAGAAGCUGAACCCCCAAAGAAUGGGCCAGAGCUCCUCAUGUGGAAGCUCGUCGAAACUUUCACCAACAUGGAUCUCGCAAAGCUUGUAGACCUGGAUGCUCAUGAGGUGCUGGAGGGGUUCAAGCCUGAGCCCUGGUCGAACCCGGCGCAAUCUCCGGGCGAGCUAUCUCAACAACCAGGAUUCUUCGAAAAGGUAGCAGCCGCCCUCGACAAAGUAUUCACCCAUGAAUUCAUUCGUACUGGACAGGCGAAGUACUACUUCCAAUAUGGGAACAGCAAUUUCGACGACGAACCCGGAGAGCUCCUGCAAGAUGCUUCCAUCGUCCGUGUCGAAGCCCUUGGACGGAGCGAAACGAAUGACCUCGUCGGUCGCCUUUCUGCGCAGCUUUCCAAUAAUAAGGAUGAUGUAAAGCGCCAGGUUAUUUUCGAGCCCUCGGAGGUGAUUGCAUUUCAUCUUGCGCGCUCGGGCACUGUCACGGGCGAGCGCAAGCCGUUUAAAUACCCGAAGCACAUCUAUCUCGAUCAGUUCCUGAAGGAAAAUGUUGAGCUUGCAGAGAGCAAGAGGGUGCAGCAGCGGGACCUUCAUGCAGAAAUUCAGAAGCUGGUGUCGCACAACAAAUCCUUGACGCACUUCAAUGACAAGGACACCUUAAUGGACCUGCGCUCAUCGAUAUACUAUUUCGAGAAUGUGGCAGACGCGAAGGGCGACGACGAGCGUGCUCGUGUCACCCAAACUAUGGCUAACAAACUAAAGAAUAUCCUCGCUCAGGUAGAGAAGGAAAUCAAAGUCUCGGACAUUGCCAUUGCGAAGAUGCGUGAUCAAGUUGCAACGCUUUUAGAUUGUCCUGAGCUCCAACGUGUCAGAUAUGAUCUCCGCGCAGUACUAGUCCACGACGGUUUGUAUGGCAGGAAGCACCUCUAUUCCUAUAUACAAGAGAAGGGUGCAUGGUGGAGGAUAGAGGACACAUCCAUUAGCCAGGUAUCCGAGGGAAAUGUUCUGGAAGACUCGGUGGGCCUACAUCUCGGCGCGGGGCCUUACCUUCUCUUGUAUUCGAGGGCGCUUCCAGAAGGCGCCGAGCCACUGGAUCUCCAGUGGCCUCCGCCGAUCAUGGCAUGUCCAAUAUUAUUCGCAUGCCAAAAUACUCACCUGACUUUUCGCAUCAGAUCGAUGUAG